AUGUUCUCUACUCUCCGCAUUAUCGUGGCCCUCGCCAUGGUCCUCAACCUGGCCGCCGCCUUCCCCCUCAUCGGUCGCGACGUUCAAUGGUCAUUCACCCUGUUCCCAUCUCCCUCCUGCAAUGGAACAAUCGGGGACCCCCACGCCGGAUCCGGUAGCACGGGCUGUCGCGCAGACCUCCACAGCGUCGCCUCCGCCUACAAGCUGAAUACCGUCGCGGAAGGCUGUCGCAUUCAAUUCUUCGAUAACACCAUGUGCGACACAAAUGAGCUUUCCGACAUCGCCGGCCAAAUCACACCCACCGACACCUGUCGCGUGGCCGACUUCCGACGCCGCUUCGGCUCCUACCAAGUGUCCUGCGAGUGA